ACACUUAAAUACAUUCCUCUUAAAGGCGGUUGAGAAUUACAGUAUACAGACACUACACAUCUGCUCAUCUACAGGCCUACAAAAACAUGCUCAGGUUCACACAGUGCCUACUAGUUCUGGUGAUGGCAAUUGUAUGUGUCACAACUACAAUGACCCAAGUUAUUUGCACUUCUGAUGCUGACUGCAAUCAAGACCAUUGCUGUGUACUGGAGUAUGGUGUUAGAUAUGGAGUUACAACGUGCAAGGCGUUGGGAGGAUAUGACACCACUUGUAGACCUGACACCUUACUCAACACAACUGUUAAAGCUGGUCCUUCAAGCCCUGAAGUGUAUGUCACAGGGGUACAUCUUCAGCUCUGUCCUUGUGGUUAUGGACUGCAAUGUCAUUCAGGAAGCUGUCAGUUCCAGGAGAGUGCAAAUCCAGUACAGGUGCCUCAACAUCCUAGACUGCCCCAGAGGAGCGAGUCACAUCCAGCACAGGUGCCUCAACAUCCAAGACUGCCCCAGGGGAGCAAGUCACAUCCAGCACAGGUGCCUCAACAUCCAAGACUGCCCCAGGGGAGCGAGUCACAUCCAGCACAGGUGCCUCAACAUCCUAGACUGCCCCAGGGGAGUGAGUCACAUCCAGCACAGGUGCCUCAACAUCCGAGGCUGCCCCAGGGGAGUGAGUCACAUCCAGCACAGGUGCCUCAACAUCCGAGGCUGCCCCAGGGGAGCGAGUCACAUCCAGCACAAGUGCCUAGACUGCCCCAGGGGAGCGAGUCACAUCCAGCACAAUUGCCAAAACGUGAUGGUGCACAGUAACAUUAGUUGUGAAAUAUAUCACUCAUUGUCAGAGGUUCCCACGAUUUAUCAGAUACUAUGAUGUACCCCUUUAUACUAACUGUGAAUGAUGAAGUGAUGAUGUAGUUCAUGUUUGACUUGUUCAAAAAUUUACAGGUAAAUAAUAAAGAGUAUCAGAAAUCUGACACAUACUUUUUUCCCAUUAGCUUGUC